CUUGUUUGUGUGUUUUUUUCUUUUUCUACGGGUACAGAAGCUUCGAGCAAGAUAGGCAUAAACUAUGGCAGACUGGGGAACAAUCUGCCACCUCCAAUUCAAACCAUUGAACUAAUCAAAUCAUUGAAAGCAGGACGUGUAAAACUCUACGAUUCCAACCCAGAAAUCCUCAACCUCCUCUCUGCAACCCAAAUCCAAGUCUCCAUUAUGGUCCCAAAUCAUCAAAUCAUCCCCAUUUCACUCAACCAGAACUUUGCAGACCAAUGGGUACAGGACAAUAUUUUAACUUACUACCCAGAAACCAAGAUCAGAAUCGUUCUGGUCGGCAACGAAGUUCUCAGCUAUUCUGCCUCCGAUCAAGACAGAGAAAUAUGGUAUCAUCUAGUCCCUGCAAUGCGCAGAAUCAAUAAAUCUAUGAAGGCACAAGGAAUUAAAAACAUCAAAGUUGGUACACCUCUCGCCAUGGACGUCCUCAGUUCAACUUUCCCACCAUCAAACGGUGCGUUUAGGUCUGACAUUGUCGAUACUGUAAUCAUCCCAUUGUUACACUUCUUAAACGGUUCAAAUUCAUUCUUCUUCGUCGAUGCCUACCCUUAUUUCCCAUGGUCGAUGAAUCCAACCAGAGCCAAUCUUGAUUUUGCUCUUUUUAAAUCAAACAGAACAUACACCGACCCAAUCAGUGGGUUGAAAUACACCAACCUGCUCGACCAAAUGCUCGACUCAGUCGUUUUCGCCACGGCCAAACUCGGUUACCCAAGUAUCCGAAUCUCAAUAUCCGAGACAGGAUGGCCGAACGCCGGCGACAUUGAUCAAGUAGGAGCAAAUCUUCAAAACGCCGCCGUGUUCAACCGUAACCUGAUUAAGAAAAUAACCGCAGACCCUCCUCUCGGAACCCCAGCUAGGCCUGGUGAAGAAAUACCCACGUUUAUUUUCUCACUGUUCAACGAAAACCAGAAGAGUGGUCCAGGAACAGAGAGGCAUUGGGGAUUGCUUUAUCCCAACGGGACACAUAUUUACGAAGUUGAUCUGACCGGAAAGAAGGAAACAAGAGAAUACCAACCGUUGCCGGCGGCAAAGAACGAUGUACCGUAUAAGGGAAAGUUAUGGUGCGUGGUGGUGAAAGGAGCGGAUGUAAAAGAGUUGGGCUCGGCGUUGGACUACGCGUGCGGCGAAGGGGAGGAGAGUUGCGCGGCGCUGGCACCGGGCAAGGAAUGCUACGAGCCGGUGUCGGUGACUUGGCACGCCAGUUAUGCGUUUAGCUCGUACUGGGCUCAGAUGAGGAGCCGAGGAGCUAAUUGCUACUUCAAUGGACUUGCAGAGCAGACCGACGAGGACCCGAGUAAGGCCGUGGAAAUUGCCGUUUCCCAAGUGUGAAGAUUUAACGGCAGUUCGAUUUUCCGUCGAGGAAUUUGCGUAUGAUUAGAGUUUGACAUACAGCAGAUGUAAUUUUUUGGCCCUGACUAUAAAUAUACACAAAUAU